AUGCCGUCCUCGUCCUCGUCCUCGUCGACGGCGCACCGCUCGGAGGGCGUCCGCAGCUCUGGGCGACUCUCCGGCUCUCACUCCUCAUGGUCUGCUUCGCAUGGCCGUCCAACCAUCGGCCCACCGCCGCGUGGUGACCGCGUCAUUGGCGCACAGACUCCACGAUCUGUCGAGUUUACGGAGGCGCCGCACGCAGAGAUGGAGGAGAAAGAUAUAUACAGCAGCAGCAGCGCCAGCUCCAGUGGCAGCCGGCUGCGUCGCCCCUGCGAUGGUGAUAGCGGCGAUGCCCAUCGCUACGCAGUGUCGGCGUCGUCGAACUGUGGCAGUUGCUUCGAGAUGCUUGAACACGUGCCAGAGAACGACAGCCAUCACAGGGCAGAGACGAUCGUGGCGCACGGCACUGUAACGCGCCAUAUGCCCUCCAUGCUGCCGCCGCGAUUAGGUGCACGGGUGGGCGAGACAGCGUGCUGUGAUAUCCGCUCGACUUGCUCGAGCCCUGCUCCUGCUGCCUCUGUAACCGCUGGUGGCACCGGUGGCUCUUCGCGGCCAUCUUCCUCCUGUCCCUCGCCUGCUGCGAGCUCGUUGCUGACGACGCCGAAGCGGGUGGACGGCACUUUCGCAGGCGCUCACAGCUCGGCCGCGCCGCCUCCCGGUUCGGGGGCGCCCUUCUCCAACGAUUCACUUGACACAUUGUCCACAGCGCAGAUGGAAGCAGCACUGCAGCUGUACGUGGAGAAGGGCGGCGUUUACACGAAUGAGAUGACCUCAGCGCUCCAGGCACUGCCGUGGUGUGCCGCGACGUCGGUUCACGCUUCGCCGGUCUCCCGCGUCGCUGACCCGUCCGCAGAGGACACGGACGAGGAGGCGGCGCAGCAUUUGGUCGAUCCGGAGGUCUGGCUCGGCGCUGUGGCUGCAGCGACCGCCUCCGCCGUAGCAGUAGCCGAGAACGACGAGCAAGCAAGUGUGGCUGCGGCGUCUGCUGCCACGCGAAUAGCUUCAGCGGAAGCCUUACACAAGACGCAAGGGCAACACAGCACGUUCGAAGAGGGCUCCACGAUGCUAAUGCAGCCUUCGAAUAUCGCCGACUCGUCUGCCCCUGUUCCCGUUGAGCGAACGGUGGAGAAGCAGCGCAGCUCGGCUGACUCCUCGAGUGAAUUAGCCGCCGCUGGCGGUGCUGCGGCCUACAGCGACUUUGCUGACCAUGGGACACGCUGUGGCCCAGGGCGAAGCUCAGCCGUCGUCUCUCCGGUGGACAGUCGCUUCCAUCUCCGUGGCAAUUGUAGCGAUGACAGCACACCGAGGGCGAACGGUGUCAAGGGUCAUCAUAUAUCCACUGAUCGCAAGCUGGCUUACGGUGACGCCAAUGACGACUCCACAGAGCGCGCCGCACGUGGGGAGCGCUCCCCCUCUUUCCCACAGCUGACGCCACGCCACCGAUCAGGCUCUGCGCAGCAGCAGCGACAGCCCGUGCCCAGUUUUGUGAGCAACACCCGAUCACUACGAAGCUCGCCUUUAUACUCUUCUGUGUCGCCGAUGCAGCGCUCUGUGGAUGACCAACACCGGUCUCCUGCAACCGCGGCAGCGUCCUCGCCGGCGUAUGUCGCGGAAGACGCGACGCAGAUCGCCGCUCCCCCGGCUGCGUCGGCGUUCGAUGCAGUGUUUUCGGGGACCGCAGGCAUGCAUACCCUUUUCCAGCUGUGCCUGCGGACACCCCUGGCGACGGCCUCCGCGACGAUGAGGGUUAGCGACUGGUACGCGCUCCUAGACCAGCUGCGGCACGAUGGGCGUCACAAGCUGCCACCGCAGCCAAUCCUCGACGACGUCGCCCGCACCAUCGCGCACUCAAUGCAGUCUGAAGGGCAUUCCGGCGGGCUGACUUCGAGCGAUUUCACCCGCGUUAUACAGCGCCAGCUGAAGGAGGUGAAGGUCGACAUGACAUCGCCGCUUCCUCGAAAUGGCUCCGCCGGCGACGGGACGGCGUCGCGGCAGGAGGUGGCGCUGCACUUCCCACAACACCCCAGGUAUACGGUUACUGUACCGACAUCUGCAGCAGUAUCAUCGCAGUCACCCUCGUUUCCAUCGAGACGCAGCAGCCGGCGUAGCUCGCAGACGAAGCUGACACCGGUGACUGAAGGCGGUCAGUGGCGUGUGCUGCCGACGUGGUGCAUGGCGCUUGCUGGUCUCUUUCCGCUGGAGAUGUCGAAGGUGUGCCCUGUGCCUGUGGUGCGCUACCUGCGCAGCGUCGGGCUGAUUCGCGCGGUGCUCGAGGCCAUCAUCCAGCGCCUGCAGAUCGAGGUGGAGGCAAUCCCUGAAUGCGUGGCAUCUAUAUCGAGCGCGGCCAGCAAGGAAGCACAGAACCCGUCCGAAGGCGCAGCGGUGGAGAGCCUUGUGUUGUCACCGUCACGUGAGGGAUCUGGAGGGAGCAGAUCGGUGAGCAACCUGCUCGCUCGCAGCGGCGUCUCUGCUGGUGCCCGUCCCGCCAGCUCGACCGUCGUCACUGAGAAGGCUGUUGGCAGCAGCGGCGACAGAAGCGGGACAUGGAAUGAGCAGCCGAAUUGGGGCUCUGCGACGGCGGGCAAUCACCGCAGGAGGGUAAAGUGCCGUAAACGGGGCGCUGCCACGAACAUUGUGGCAACCCCAGAGAGGGCAGGAGGCGACGGUGCGAUGAUCGCCUCGAACCCGCAGGGGGUGAGCAGCGGUAGCAGCCGUCCCAAGGCGGACACCACUGCCUCCGCCGGUAGUGAUACCUUCAAGUCGCACUACCUGGAUCAGCGUCCCCUCGAUGAGAUCAGCAUCUCCGUCGUGGCGCGGGCCAAGGCGCGCCGUCUCAUGGACACGCUCCGGCGCCAUACUGUCCCGAUCAACCGCUACGAGUGCUUCGCGCGUGUGGAGCAGGAGGAUGCGCCAGUGCAGCAGGCGCUGUGUUUUGUGUCUCGGGAGGAGCUGAAGGCGACCCUCAGCAGCGACAACGGCGAGGACAGCGAUGAAGACUCGGACGCGAUGUCCGACAUGAUUGCCGCGCUGACCUACUCCCCAGGGGAGGAGGCAGUAGCGAGCCUAGUUGGGACGGCCACGAAAGACGGCAGUGGCGUAGACGUGGACCAGACACGCUCGCCUCUGCCGCCACCACCACCGCUGUCGAGCACGUCUGCCCCCAACGUGCUGCCCACCGUCAUCAUGGGCGCCACGCGCGCUUCAAUGCACGUGGGCGGGCGGGUCUCGUCUGUCCCUACAUCCCGCGCGGCUUCCGCCGGCAGCGCCUUGAGGCCACCGCCGCCCGCACCUUGUAUGUUCCGCAUGAGCGGCGUGCUCCCCACCGCACUUCCCCGAAAACAGGAGGAGGCUAUGGUGAGUCGACUCAGCAAGCCCGUCUGCGACCCUGCCGCGAUGAGUCUGCGCGUGGCCUCGGCAGAAAAUGGCUACACGUCCUGCCACGCUGCGGACACCACAACCACCAUCGACACAUCCGACUCAGCAUCUGCGAACGCCAAGGCGAUUGAAGACCGCCCGACUCGUUUAACGCCAUCACGGCUUCCCUCUGGCACAGCCGCCCAGCGCCACUAUCGGUCCCGCCUGCACCCGACGGAUCGAGAGUUGUCCAAUGACACAGUCUCGCGCAGUGGCCCAGUUGCGCCAUUACGGAAUGGCUUCCGCCGGCGGCGCGGCCGCCUGUCCUUAUCGCGGAUGGAUCGAUGUUACGCCUCCGUGUGCCCCGGUCGCCAGCAUCAGCCGUCAUCGUUGUUGGCGUCCGACACGGGCAGCGGCGGCGCCUGCACGUCGCAGCCGGCAGAGGGGCGAAACCGCAGUUUCUCGUUCUUCGACGUUCCUCACGUGCUUGCGGCGGCGCCGCUGUCGUCAUCAGCCGCCGCGGCGGCUGCCGCGCAAGUGAUCGGCGACGGCGCGCCAUCCGCAUCAUCAUCGGGUGUAGCGGUUCCGCCGCAGCCGCCGGCCCCGCGUCGACAGGCAGGCCACCAUGUCGCGUCACGAGGUGCCCCUCGUGGCACCUCGAGGGCGGGCUCUGCAGCGCCGCCUCGUGCCAAGGCGAAGGACGAGUCCGCAGAGGGCCGGCGAGCUGGGAACACCCCGAACAGCGCUGUUCUCAAGCUGGCGCGGCGCGGCUUGCGCUCUAGAAGGUCAACCCCCCGAUGCUCGAGUGAUGCCCCACCGCGCGACCGAAGUGCCGCUGAUGCACGUGGGGUGGAGAAUAGUAGCAGACCAAAAGCGGCCGAUGCCGCAGGUGCCGCACACCCACCGGCUGCUCCCCUGCAGCCGCACAUCUCCCUCUACGAGCGACGCCUUUGUCGACAGCUUCAGCGUGCAUACUCCAACGAGCACAUCUACCACCGCACGAACUGA